AUUUAACACUUGCAUGGGAAAACUACAUGGAACAUUGGCAAAAGCCGGUAAGGUCAGAAAGUAAACACCAAAAGUUGAAAAAUAAGUGAGAAGACACAAGAUUCCAAAAGGAAGAGCCUACAAAAGAAUCUGCUUUAAUAGAAGGUAAAUAAUUGUGGAUAAUAUUGAAUAGAUUUGGAUCAGCCGCAACCUCUGCUUAAGGACCAUAAUAAAAGAGAAAGGGUCCAAAUUGGCAUGCUGGAAGAAAAGACCUUGUUGAAGAGGAAAGAAAGAAGCAAGUUGAAUAAAGAAGACAACGAAAGAAGUAGGAUGCUAAAUGAUGACUUGAAUGUCCUUAACAUAUAAAAUAGUCA